CAACACUAAACACUCCCUGAAGAUGCUGUGCUCUCAUGGACUCCAGUCUGCUCUCAGUCCAUUCAUGGACUUGUACUGGCCUGUGCGCAGUCUGUGGCCAGAGGUAAAACCUCUGCUCCACCAGCAGGAUCUACUGCAGAGAAACCUACAGGAGCUUUGCAGCAGUCUGGAGCUGAUGGACAAACUUCAACACAAGAUCCUGGAGGAGACGGAGCCUUUCCAAAGCGCUGCCACCCUCCAACCAGUCUCCUACCAGCUGGAGAAAGAGGGAGAGUGCUUUGGCCUGACCCUGGACAACCAAGGCUUUUCCCCAAAGGAUCUGUCUGUCAGGCAGGUGGGCAGGAAGCUGAGAGUCAGCGGAAAGAAAGAGAAGAAGCAGGAGGAUGAGAAAGGCUGCUACUCUUACAGCCGGCAGGAGUUCAGGCGGGAGUUUGAUCUGGUUGCAGGGCUCAACCCUGAAGACGUCACCUGCCGCCUGGCUCCAGACGGGAAGCUCCACAUCCAGGCAGCCAAAGGUGCAUGUGUGGAUGAGGCUGAGAGAGAGCGGACUGUCUAGAGGAGCUUGGAGGAGAAAACACAGCAGAGUGUGUGUUCACACACAGAAGGCAGCAGCACAGACACACCUGCAAACAUGGACUGAUCUUUAUGUUGUUGUAGUGCCAUUGUGGAUUCAUUGUUUUAUAAAAGUGUCUUGUGUUUGUAUAAUAUACUAUUUUUAAUAAAUAUAUGAAAGGUUUGGCCUUUCCUUCGGCUUUUUUAAAUUACCAUUUUUAUUUUAUAUUAUUUAUUUAAAAGACAGAACUUGAAUGGACAGAAUGGACUCAUAUUUUAUUUAUUGGAAAAGUUUGCUCAAUUUAUAGACCUAAUUUCUUCUUCUGCAUUUGUUUGCAUUUUGUUUUUGUAAACAAAAACUACUUUCUACAACUUUUUAAUUAAUUGUGGGCAGAUGAUAUUCUCUGCAUUCAGUAGAUUGCAGGAGACAGAAAACUUAUUUAAGCCUUUAAUGUUAACUUUAACUUCAACGUUCAGUGAUAUGAUAAAUUCCCCCAAAUCAACAAAGUAUAAUAUAAAAAGACACAUACAUUUUCUUUAUCAUUUCUGUGUGUGAACAAAGGAAAUGAGAACAGGACGUUUUAUAUCAUAAUGAGGUCUGUGUGUUAUCUGUCAUUCAAAUAUUCAAGCUUCUCUUCCUUCUACUGCAGUUGUUGAUGAAGAUGAGGCUUUUACAUGAUGACUGUUGAUGUCUGUUUUAUUAUUAUGUCCCCCUGUGAGAUUUGUGAAUUUAAAUAAAAAUCUUGAUGAUAAAAGGCCGUUUUUACUUAGUUAGAGUCAGGCAAGUCUGAAUUUAAUCUUCUGAAGAUAUCCAAAAAUGGAUCACUUACUACUUCUUUUCUAUUUGGAUGUUUUUUUCUGUGAACAUACUGUACACGAAC